AUGUCGCCGCCGAUCGCAGGCUCCCGCACGCCCCAGUACACGCCAGCCCAGCUGGACGCCUACUUUGCGCGCAUCAAGUUCCCCCAGGCCGAGCACCCGACGGACCGGCUCGCGCUGCUCACAGCCCUGCAGCGCCACCAGGUGACGACGGUGCCGUUCGAGUCGCUGACGCUGCACUACUCGAGGCACCGGCGGCUGUCGCUGGACCCGGCGGACCUGUUCGCCAAGAUCGUCACGCGCGGCCACGGCGGCUACUGCAUGGAGGUCAACACCUUUUUCGCCUGCGUGCUGCGCGCCCUCGGCUUCACCCUCAUCCACGCCGGCGCGCGCGUGCGCGACGGCGCCUGGCUCGGCCUCUCGCACAUGGUCAACAUCGUCACCAUUGGCGACGCGCGCUACCUCGUCGACGUCGGCUUCGGCUCCAACGGCGCCUGCCAGCCCAUCCCGCUGAGCGAGGACCCGGCCGUCGCGCGCUUCGAGAGGCGCCACCUGCGCGGCCGCGUCACGCGCCGCGCCAUCGACAUACACACGGACCCGGACCAGCGCGUCUGGGUCUACGAGACGGCGCUGCCGGGGCCCGCGGCCGAGUUUGAGGCCCAGUACAGCGUGCUCGAUGCCGAGUUCUUCCCGGAGGAUUUUGAGAUUAUGAACCUCGCCACGUCGACGCUGCCGACGGGCCUGUUUGUCAAGACGGUGCUGGCGACGCUGCAGGUGGCCGGCGACGAUGGCGAGGUCGAGGGCGUCGUCAUCCUGCUCAAGGACACCAUCAAGCGGCGCAUCGGUGACGGCAAGACAGAGGUGCUCGAGACGCUCAAGAGCGAGGAUGACCGGGUCAAGGCACUGGAGAAGUAUUAUGGCGUCGUGUUGACGGACGAGGAGAGGAGGGGCAUCAGGGGCUUGGCGUCCGAGAUAACGGAUGCUCCGUACUGA